UUGGCACCUGAGGGUAGCAUGGACAGUGGCGGAGAAAGUGGGGCGAGUAAAGCAGAGAAAGAGCCUUCUUCUUCCUCUGCUCACACUGUUGAGUCAUGCUGCGGCUCCUGCUUAAAAAACAUCAAGCCCCGGAUUCCUGCUGUUUACAAGAAUGAACUUGUGGAGAUUUUCAAACUGGCUGGACCUGUGUUCAUUUCACAGUUGAUGAGCUUCAUGAUUGGCUUCAUCAGCAUGGUGUUCUGUGGUCACCUGGGGAAAACAGAGCUGGCAGGGGUGGCGUUAGCGAUAGCGGUAAUAAAUGUAACAGGUAUUUCCAUCGGCUCCGGUCUCUCCUCAGCUUGUGACACUCUCAUAUCACAGACAUAUGGGAGUGGAAACUUGAAGCUUGUUGGAGUAAUACUGCAAAGAAGUAUUUUGGUCCUGCUCUUGGCCUGCUUCCCUUGUUGGGCUCUCCUUAUUAACACUGAGGCCAUUCUAUUGGCUGUCCAGCAAAGCACAGAAGUCGCCAGACUUGCUCAGUUGUAUGUGACGAUCUUCAUGCCUGCACUGCCUGCAGCCUUCAUGUACCAGCUGCAGGGGAGGUAUCUUCAAAAUCAGGGCAUUAUCUGGCCUCAGGUGAUCUCUGGAAUCAUCGGAAAUGUUUUCAAUGUAAUUAUCAACUACAUUUUCCUUCAUCUUCUAGACCUGGGAAUUCAAGGUUCAGGAGCAGCUAAUGCCAUCUCACAGUACUGCUUAGCUGUGAUUCUCUUUCUUUACAUUUACAUCAAGAAACUUCACAAAGCCACAUGGGAUGGCUGGUCAAUGGAGUGCCUCAGAGAGUGGGGGCUGUUCCUUAGCCUCGCCCUGCCCAGUAUGGUGAUGAUGUGCUCCGAGUGGUGGCUCUAUGAAGUCGGGAGUUUUCUGGCAGGCCUCAUAAGUGAGGUGGAGCUUGGUGCUCAGUCUGUCAUCUACGAACUGGCCAUUGUUGUUUUCAUGAUGCCUAUAGGCUUUGCAACAGCUGCCAGUGUUCGAGUUGGAUGCGCUCUUGGGGCUGGAAACAUAGAGCAAGCCAAAAUAUCCACCAAAGUGUCACUUGGCUGUGCAUUUGUUUUUUCAUGUAUCACUGGUGUCUUUCUGGGACUAACUGGGAAUGUGAUUGGAUACAUCUUCACAACUGAAAAGGAUAUUAUCGAGAGGGUUGCAGUGGUGAUGAAAUUCUAUGGUUUAGUUCAUGUAACUGAGGCCUUAGCGGGUUGUCUCUCCGGAAUUGUACGCGGAUCAGGAAAGCAAAAAGUUGGCUCUGUUGGUAUUUUUAUGUCUUACUACUUUGUUGGAUUUCCAGUGGGUUUGUGCAUGAUGUUCCCUCUUAAAUUGGGAAUUGUAGGUCUCUGGACUGGGUUUUUAAUUAGUGCCGUGGGACAAUCUAUAUUUUUAGUCAUUUAUUUUUAUAAGCUUAACUGGACAAAUGCCAUGGAUGAGGCACAGAAAAGAGCAGGAGUCGUCACCAAGGAGGAUGUUGUUGUGAAUGAAAACAAAGAGAACAGCGAUGCUCAGGUGGUGUAUGAGAAUGAGGCUGGUCAGACGUCAGUUGUGUCUUCUUUGUCGGUCAAACAGCUGGUGGUGCGACGCAGUUUCACUGUGCUGCUCAUGAUCAUCAUCCUUGCCGCAGGAGUCUUCAUCAGUGAGCUUCUUGUCAAAGCUCUCCGUUUAAAAAACUGA